UCUGCUCGCGGAAAAUACGACGAAAAAACACCUCUUGAAAAUGGCAGCAUUGAUCAAGGGAAUCAAAUUUGCGGCCCAAAUCUCGAACCGAAACCCGGCAAUACUGUACACGAGCGUAAGAAACCAUGGCUGGAACAAAGACUACAAGCCCAGUAAAUUCCCCGAAUCGGACAAGGAACGUGAAUUGGCGGCCAAAAAGUAUGGAUUAACUACGGCAGAGUAUCAGCCCUAUCCGGAUGAUGGUUUGGGUUAUGGUGACUAUCCUAAACUGCCGGACGUUCCAGUGGAAGCGCGCGAUCCUUACUAUCCAUAUGAUUUUCCGGAAUUGAAGAGAAAUCUUCAUGAUACACUCCAUGCAGAAACCGAUUUCUGGUCGGAGGAUCGUUUCGGUUCAGCGGAACCUAUGCGCUACCCGAUGAAGACUUACUGGUUAGCGUUUGUUGGCGUUAUGACCGGUUGUUUCGCUUUGUACUACUGGCUUGAAAACUACAAAAUGUUCCGACCAGUGCUUGCCAAGCAGUACCCCUACGAAGGGAAGGCUCACUACACGUUCGACAAGAAGUAGAACAACGGCUGAUAGAUUGGAACAAUAGCAUGGAAUUCGUCGGAUUCGUGUGCUGCAUCUAAAUAGAAACAUUGCGAACAUCCCGUGAAAACAAACAGCUAAACAAUUUUCACUGUUGGUGAGUGGAGCUGCGGUUCCAUAGCAGCCCCCUAGUUCUGGUCAAUACAACAACGUAGAUUGCAAACAGUUGUUAUGUGCGCUAUGUAAAUAAAAACAAAUUACAAAGCCUAGUUCGCAAAUGUACCAUUUAA